CAGUUCCGGACGUGCACAGGGAGCCGGGCGUUUGUCGCUGGCGUGAACGGCGUCCUGGGCUGAGGUCUGCCCAGGCAGCACCCCGGGGAGUCCCGACCCGAAGUUGCUGUCCGGCCGUGGCAGUUCCGGAGCCUCCCGCCUGCGGCCCGCGGAACCCCCGAGGCCUGGGUGAGCUCCUGACUUCCUUCCUGAGGGCACAUGGCAUCAUUCUCAGGUGGUGUAAAGGUUUCAGAGCUGCUGAUUCUGAGGGGUGGAAAGCAGAAGGGGCUUCCUCCUGGCUCCCAUUUUCUUCUCUCAGAUUUGGCUUCUGGAGACUUCUCCCAUCCUAAGGGGAAACUGCCCAAAAAGAGGACAUGGCUGCUGAACAGAGGGAAGCAAGGUCUCAGCUGUCAGUGACGUUCGAAGAUGUGGCUGUGCUCUUUACACGGGAUGAGUGGAGAAAGGUGACUCCUUCACAGAGAAACUUGUACCGAGAUGUGAUGCUGGAGAACUAUAGCAACUUGGUGUCAUUGGGACUCCCAUUUUCCAAACCUGAGGUGAUCUCCCUGUUGCAGCAAGGAGACGAUCCCUGGAAGGUAGAGAAAGAAAGCCCUGGAGGCUCCUCUGUAGGAUGUAAGAGCAGUCCUAAAACCACAAAGUCAACUCAAACUCAAGACGCAUCAUUUUGGGGGCCAGUAAGGAAAAGACUCAAAAAAAAUGAACCCUGGAACUUCAUAUCAGAAAAACCCUGCAUAUAUGAAGACAGAAUAAAGAAACAGAAGGACAAAAAUGAAAGUUUACAAAUAAUUUCAGUCACCCAUACAAAGAUCCUCACUGUAGAAAGAAGCCAUAAAAAUAAUGACUUUGGCCAGAAUUUCAGCCUGAAAUCAGUGUUUGUUAAGCAACAGAAGAUUGCUAGAGAAAAAACACCCUCAAAAUAUGAAAUACAAAGAAAUAUAAGGCAGGAUUCAAAUUUACUUAACCAACCAAAAAUCAAGACAGCAGAAAAGCGCUAUAAAUGUAACAUUUGUGAAAAAGCCUUCAUUCACAAUUCAUCCCUUCGUAAACAUCAGAAAAACCAUACUGGAGAGAAAUUAUUUAAAUGUAAAGAAUGUUUGAAAGCCUUCAGCCAAAGUUCAGCUCUUAUUCAACAUCAAAGAACUCAUACUGGAGAGAGACCCUAUAUAUGUAAAGAAUGUGGAAAAGCCUUCAGCCAUAGUGCAUCCCUUUGUAAACACCUAAGAACCCAUACUGUGGAAAAAUCCUAUAGAUGUAAAGAAUGUGGUAAAUCCUUCAGCAGAAGGUCUACCCUUUUUAUACAUCAAAAAAUCCACGCUCGAGAAAAUCCCCACAAAUAUAACCCAGGAAGGAAGGCAUCCAGUUGUAGCACAUCCCCUUCUGGAUGUCAGAGAAUUCAUCUCAGAAAGAAGUCCUAUCUAUGUAAUGAAUGUGGCAACACCUUUAAGUCUAGUUCAUCUCUUCGUUAUCAUCAGAGAAUUCACACAGGAGAGAAACCUUUUAAAUGUAGUGAAUGUGGGAGAGCCUUUAGUCAGAGUGCAUCUCUUAUUCAACAUGAAAGAAUUCACACUGGAGAAAAGCCUUAUAGAUGUAAUGAAUGUGGAAAAGGUUUCACUUCUAUUUCACGACUUAAUAGACACCGAAUAAUUCAUACUGGAGAGAAACUGUAUAAUUGUAAUGAAUGUGGUAAAGCCUUAAGUUCCCACUCGACACUCAUUAUUCAUGAGCGAAUUCAUACUGGAGAGAAACCAUGUAAGUGUAAAGUGUGUGGGAAAGCCUUCAGACAAAGUUCAGCUCUCAUUCAGCAUCAGAGAAUGCAUACUGGAGAAAGACCCUAUAAAUGUAAUGAAUGUGGGAAAACAUUCAGGUGUAACUCAUCCCUUAGUAAUCACCAGAGAAUUCAUACAGGAGAGAAACCGUAUCAAUGUCUGGAAUGUGGGAUGUGCUUUGGCCAAAGUGCAGCUCUUAUUCAACAUCAAAGAAUUCAUACAGGAGAAAAACCCUUUGCAUGUAAUACAUGUGGGAAAACUUUUAGGCAGAGCUCAUCACUUAUUGCGCAUCAAAGAAUUCAUACUGGAGAGAAACCCUAUGAAUGUAAUGCAUGUGGGAAACUCUUCAGCCAGAGGUCGUCCCUUACUAACCAUUAUAAAAUUCACAUUGAAGAGGACCCCUUCAAAGUGGAUUUGCAUGUGUGAAAUCCUUAAACCAAAGCUCAUUAGAAUACAGUUGGCCCUGCUUAUCUCUGGGUUCCACAUCCACUGAUUCAAAUAACUGAAAAUUUUAAAUAUUCAGAAAAAAAAUUCCAGAAAGUUCCAAAAAGCAAAAUUUGAAUUUGCCACACACCGGCAACUAUUUUCAUAGCAUUUGCAUUGUAUUAGGUAUUACAAGUAAUUUAGAGAUGAUUUAAAGUACAUGAGAGGAUGUACAUAGGUUAUAUGCAAAUUCUACACCAUCUUAUAUAAGGGACUUGAUCAUCCUCAGAUUUUGGUAUCUGUGGGGGGGGUCCUGGAAACAGUCCCCCAUGGAUGCUGAGGGACAACUGUAUACAUACUUGAGAAUGAUUUAGUAAAUGUAAUGAAUAUGAUAAAACUUCUAUUUUAAUUUAGUC